AUGAAGUUUGUAGCGAUUUUGUGUCUGUCUCUCUUUGUGGCCACUCAAGCUGUCCCUAGGUUUACUAGAGCUUCAGAACUCGACGUCCCUUCCAAUGUGCAGAACAGAUCCAUUUCGAUCAAAGGACAAUUCCUUUGUGGCACAAAGCCUUUUGAUAAUGUGAAAAUCAGAAUCUACAGAGAUUACCAGAAGGACAAAGCUGAUGAUCUCGCACAACUGGUUAGCUCAAAGAAAGCUUUCGCUGGAAUGUUCCAACUAGACGGAAACACAGCCAGAUUCCCACCUACACAAACGGAAUUCCGUCCUUACGUUACAGUUCAUCACAAUUGUGGACUUGAUGAGAAGACUACUGCAAAUCAAGGUUUCAAGAGAUGGCAUUUCAUUAUCCCAGAAGAGUACGUAACAGUUGGCCUUAGACCUAUCAAAAAAUACGACUUGGGCAUCAUCAAUCUCCAAGUACUUUACCCCGGCGAAGCACACGACAAGAAAUUCAACAUGCUCGAUCAAUAA